GCUCAGGACGGGUCCCGGGAGGCGGGGCUGGGGCUGGAACCCGGGCGUCCCUUGGAUCUUUGUGGGUUUAGCUACUCCUGGCGCGCAGGCCUGACCUGGGCACCGUGCCCCGAGCCCGUGACACAGUGGGGAGUGUCCCUUCGUCUGCCCACCUGCGAGGGGCUGAGGAGGCCUGGAGCUGGGCGCAGAGUUGCGGGGCCGGUCGUUUCCCUGUGAGGCUCUCCCCAGAAUCCCUGCUGCCUCCGGGCAGUGGAGGAGCGGGCACCGAGGUCGCAGGUGUGGCUGGGGCCGUUUUUCCGGGUGCUCUGCGUGAGAGCUGGGUUCCAGAGCCUGGUCCCUAGGAGGAGAGCGGCGGAGCGGAGCCCGUGGGCGGAGGCCGGGCGCGUGAGGGGUCUGGGAGUGGGAGCGGGAGAAGAGCAUCGCCCCCGCAGUCAUGCUGCGCGCCGCUGGGAAGUGGACCCGGGUUUGACGGCCCUGCUCUGGGCGCUGCGGGUUGGCUGGGCGUCGCUGCCGGAGUGGGAAUGCCUGGUGUCACCCAGCUUGCUCCCCGCUCCCUGAACCCCAGGAGGACCGCAGGGACCCGGCCGGAGGACAGAGAUUUGGACCUAGUGAAAGGACAUCGUCCCUUAGCACCAGCUAUGGACUCCACAGCAUCAGUUCUCCCUUCCCAGGACCCUGCUUUUCCUCCAGAGAGAUGCCCAGGAGAAAAGGGAACAGCCAGCUUAUUCCUGAAAGCCAGGCCCCAGGACCUGAUGACAUUUGAGGAUGUGGCUGUGGAACUCACCCGGUGGGAGUGGGGGCAGCUGGACCCUACUCAGAAGGAUGUGUACCGGGAAGUGAUGCUAGAGAAUUUCAAGAACCUGGCCUCCCUGGGGUUUCCAAUGUCCAAACCGUAUGUGAUCUGCCGGUUGGAGGAAGGGGAAGAGCCCUGUAUUUUGGAGAGAGAAAUCUCAACAGGUGCCCCCGCAGAAUGAGGGCAAGGGUCUGACGUCUGGAUCUAGUCUCAUCAUCAAUAUGUCUGUUUACAAUGUUCUGCAAACAUGGCUGUGUUUCAGAAUCUCUCGGGGAGCUUGAUAAACACUCAUAUCCCCAGGAGCCACACAAGACCUACUGGCUCAGAAUCUGGCCUCUGGGAGCCCUGGUUAGGCAUUGCCAGUCAUUUUACUCUUCAGAAGGGUCACUGUUAUUGUAUUAGCUUUCUGUUGUUGCUGAAACAAACUGUCACAAACUUAGAGGCUUUAAGCAACAUGUUUAUUAUUUCACAGUUCAUAGGUCAGAAUCAAGCAUGGGUCUCACAGUGUUACAACCAAGGUAUCAGCAGGGCUGAGUUCCUUUCUGGAGUGUCUAGGGAAGAAUCUGUUUCCUGUCCCUUUGGGUUGUUGGCAGUACCAAUUCCUUGUAGUUGUAAAACUGAGCUCCUCGUUGUCUUACUGGCUGUAAGCUGAGGGGCGUUCCUAGCUUCUAGAGACUGCUACAUUCCUUGGCCCCUGGGGCCCUUCCUCCACCUUCAAAGCCAGAAAUGGUGGAUCGAGUCCUUCUCACACCACAUCUCUCUGACUUAGCCAGGAAAUGUUCUCUGAUUUUGAGAACUCUUGUGAUUAGAUUGGGCCCACCUGAAUGAUUCAGGAUAAUCUCUCCAUCUCAAGGUCUGUGCCCUUAAUCACAUCUGCAAAGUCCCUUUUGCCAUGUAAAGUAACAUAUGUUCCUGGGAUUAGAGCAUGGAAAUCUUUGGGGGAUAAUUAUUCUGCCCACCACAAUUACAUACAGUAAUAUAGUACAUGGUAUAUGUAUAUUAUAUAAUACAUAAUAAUGUGUGGUGUGGACUGAGGGAAGAUUUUGUGGAGGGCAUCUUCCUAACCCUCCUCUCAUCUUUACAAUCUUUGGACUUAUCUUGUGUCCUGGAGUCCAAACACUCUUCUCUCAGGUUUUCCUAAUCUCCAGUCACCUGUGUAUCUUAUUCUUGACACCUCCAAAACUUUGUUCAUACAUACACCAUUCUUGGAAGAAACUGUACACCUCUUUUAGAUAUUAUUUUAUUUAUUAAAAUUUUUUUUUUUAAUUUUAUUUUCGGCUGCAUUGGGUCUUUGUUGCUGUGUGCGGGCUUUCUCUACUUGUGGUGAGCAGGGGCUACUCUUUGUUGCGGUGUACAGGCUUCUCAUUGCGGUAGCCUCUCUUGUUGUGGAGCAUGGGCUCUAGGCAUGUGAGCUUCAGUGUUGUAGCACGUGGGCUCAGUAGUUGUGGCUCGUGGGCUCUAGGACACAGGCUCAGUAGUUGUGGCACACAGGCUUAUUUGCUCCAUGGCAUGUGGGAUCUUCCCGGACCAGGGAUCUAACCCGUGUCCGCUGCAUUGGCAGGCGGAUUCUUAACCACUGUGCCACCAGGGAAGUCCCUAGAUAUUAUUUUAAAGGUUAAUUAUCUUAGAUCUAUUAUGACUUUACUUCCUCUUGGCACAUAGAACAGGUAAUAACAGACUGUCUUUUUUUUUUUCCCCAGACUGGGAGAGAAGGCAUCAAGCCAAGGAAUCAGUGCUAAGUCAGGGAAUUUCCAAAGAAGAAUUAUUCCAGAUAGCAUCAGUGGAAAAAGACAUUAGAGAUGAACUCUGGUCCUCCAAACUGAAAGCAACUUGUGGUUGUGAU